AUGAACUUUGCGCUGGGAUUCAAGCCGCUGCUGAGGGAGACUAACGCCAUGGACAGCCUGGAGAAGCAGCUCAUCUGCCCCAUCUGUCUGGAGAUGUUCUCCAAGCCCGUGGUCAUCCUGCCCUGCCAGCACAACCUGUGCAGGAAGUGCGCCAACGACGUCUUCCAGGCCUCCAACCCCCUGUGGCAGUCGCGGGGGUCCUCGUCGGUGUCCACCGGGGGGCGCUUCCGCUGCCCGUCCUGCCGGCACGAGGUGGUCCUGGACCGACACGGCGUUUACGGCCUGCAGAGGAACCUGCUGGUGGAGAACAUCAUCGACCUCUACAAGCAGGAGUCCACCAGGCCCAUCCACCCGAAGUCGGAGCAGCAGCAGAUGUGCGAGGAACACGGCGAGGAGAAGAUCAACAUCUACUGCCUCACCUGCGAGACGCCCACCUGCUCCAUGUGCAAAGUGUUCGGAGCGCACAAAGACUGCGAGGUCGCGCCCCUGCAGAACGUCUACAAACGACAGAAGACAGAGCUGAGUGAUGGGAUCGCCCUGCUGGUGGCAGGUAACGACAGGAUCCAGGCUCUCAUAUCCCAGCUGGAGGAGGUCUGCAGGACUAUUGAGGAGAACGGGCGGCGGCAGAAGCAGCACCUGUGCGACAAGUUCGACGGGCUCAUCGGCAUCCUGGAGGAGCGCAAGAAGGACCUGGUGCAGUGCAUCGGCCGCGAGCAGGACCAGAAGCUGGGCCACGUGCGCUCGCUCAUACGCUGCCACGGCGACCACCUGGAGGGGGCCGUCAAGCUGGUGGAGGCCGCCAUCCACUCCAUGGAGGAGCCGCAGAUGGCCGUCUUCCUGCAGAGUUCCAAGGAGGUUUUCCAGAAGAUCACGGACACCGCCAAGACCUCCAGCAUCGAGCGCACGGAGCCCGGGUACGAGAGCAUGAGCCACUUCGUGGUCAACACCGAUGACGUGGCCGACAUGCUGAGGACCAUGACCUUCCAGCCGGGUUGCCAGGGCGAGGAAGGGGAGGAGGGCUACGUGCUGGAGGAUGGGGCUGAAGAUCUGGCAGCCCAACCCAGCACAGAAGGGGAGUCUGCGAGAUAUUAGUCCACCUGGCACUUCCCCAGGUCAUUUUCACUGAAGGAAGGGAGAGGGACUUGGAAAGGAGGUUUGACAUAAUCCCAUAAACACACCCAGAUGUUUGAAACGCAGCUUUCGCCAUCUACCUGUCACAUGUUUUUACUCUGAUCGCAUGCGUGACAGAACCGCGGGGAAAUACCAACGCUACGGAUGGGCUCAAACCCAGUUCAAAACCACCUCGCAAAAACUCCCAGAUUCUAUUGUCUAUAUGAAAAAAUGUAAUCCCAUCACUUACAAAUAUUGAAUGUAAUAUAGUUUCGGCAUGGGUGACGCAUGUUGUGUGGUAAUCAGAUUAUGCUAUAUUGUUUUGUUUCUCUGCUUGUUAUUUUGAAUGUCAUUUCAAUUCACACAUGUUAGUUUCCGCAUUUUUACCCCCACAUAGAUUAUAUCUUCAUUGAUGAAAAGCGGGUGUGUGUUGCUGGUGAAGAGAGAGAAUAGGCCAUGCCUGACAUCAAAGGGCUCUCAAAUACUGUAUGUGAAUGUGUCAAAGGCUUGUUGGGAGGUGAUUAAGCAGGUUCCAAAGCGAAGCCUGUGAUUCCGUAGGAGAACCCUAUCUAGUUCAAGCGUAGUUCUUUUUCUGGGAGCUUUCACACUUCACAACCCACGAUAGAGGGUUCCAUAAAUAAAUUGAAAGGGUUCCUAUAAGGUGACAAGCCAAAUAAAUCAUUUUUCCGAGAUGGGCUUUUCUGGGCAGAACUGAACUUGUUAGCAUGUCCAGACAUGCUACAGACAUGACAUGUCACAUGUCCAGACAUGCUAACAUGUCCAGAAUGGAAAAAACUCCACAGAAAGGAAGAAAAUAACAUUUUCUCUCCACAUAACACCAAAUGAAUAAAGCUGUAGGCUGUAAUAUAAGGGAGAGAACAGGGGCAGGUGGUUGAGAGAGUUUGAAUUGAGUCACAAAUUGUAAUUAUUGUUGGCAAUCUAUUACGGAAUUUCGGUUUCUUUCACUUUGUCAUUUUGUAUUUUUUAGAAAUAAAUAUU